AUGAUUGAAGAACGUACCGAAGCGUGUCCAACGAGAUGCGUAAUCGAACAAUCAAAUCUCAAACUAAUCGCAGAAGAUUUUCGUAUUUUGGCACGUGUGACUAAUGCAAUAUUUCUUCAUAAUGCUGCACUCAACAGACAGAUUCAAGUGGAUGACGUUGUAUCAGAACUCUUUCAAAUUUCCAAAGAACGAUUCAACGCAAUUAUCAAUGUAGAUGUGAAGACAGCGAUACCGGAAAUUAAACGAAUGAAGAAAAAUAAAUGGACGCCGACACAUAAUUCCCAAAACUUUACAAGUUACCUGAUGCCACAAAUUUCAAAAAUCUACUCGGAUCUGCCGGAAAACAUAAAAAAGUUGAAAAAAGUUGGCAGUAUUUCUUCGGAUGAAUUACUGAUAGAAGCAGCAGCGGUUCGAACAAAAGAUAUUUUCAACACAACAUGUUCUCGAUUGGAUUUCGAAAACAUGAAAAAGUUCAGAAUGCUUUUCGCUGGAAAACCUGAUAACUAUCAAAUACCAGAGAACAAUGAAAUUGAAAAAAUACUCAAAACAUUCAAGAGUCAAUCUAAGAAAGUGAUUGAAUGCAUGAAAGGUUUGAAAGAUUUAGAAGUCAAACUGAGGCAGCUAUCAAUUAUAAAGGCCUACGAUCGAUACAAAACAGUUCAGAAGGUUAAGAAAAUAGUUAUGGAUUUUGAGAUUGCCCAGAAUUCUGCGGGUCUAUGGGGGAACGCUUUGGACACCCUGAAAUCAUAUUUUAAUUCUACAAAUGAUAUUGCAAGUUCCUCAAUAUUGGGAACUAAUGCUACCCAAUUUCUUGAGAAAAUGAGCAUUGUGAUGGAUCAAGUGAAUCAGUCAGUAUGGACUACCGAAUACCACACAUAUGAUUACACUGAUACUGACUUGACGUUCACUGCUGGUUUUCGAGAUUCAAGUGACUUAUUGAAAGUUUUCCAAGAUUUGAGAAGUCCUUGGUUUCAAAAGAAGAUUGCAAGAGGCGCAAGUACAGCUAAACUGAUCAAAGCUCUUCAGCCAUAUCGAAAUAUUUCUCAAAUGAUUAUUAAUUUGGAAACCGAAUGGAAUUUAAUGAUGGAUUUUUCUGAGCAAAAAAUCGAUACUGAUGUUUUGAAUGGAGUGUCAGUUUUGAAAAAUAUCAAAACCUUCGCGGCGAAGUCUACAAAACACUUGAAGCUUUUGGAAAAUAUCAAGGGGAAAAUAAUACAAUGUCAAAGUUUUGGGACGAAAGUUUUUGAUAGUUCAGCUUUCAUCCGUUUCGAAAAAGAACAACAACCUGCAUCUGUAUCAGAAGAGUUGAACCAUUUGAGAGUGUUUUCUGAGAAUGUUACAUCAGUGACAACAACAUUUGGAAUCCACAAGGUCUUGGAAAGUUCGAAGAUUCUUGCAGUUGCCGAAUGCUUCCGUGACCAUGUAGACGAGUUGAAAGAGACAAAACAGAUUCUUGAAAUACAACAGCAUAUUCUAAAUUUUCCGAAAAAUUAUAUAAUGGAUGAAAUCAUUAAAUAUUUGAAAAAGCUUUCCAAGGUUCGACUCGAAAUGAAAAAUAUUGGAAAAUUGGUUUUAGCUCUUCGUAAAGUUAAUCAAAACCAAAGGAACAAAACGGAUAACCAUGUUUUAACACUAAAAAAUUCGAAAUCAUUAUCAGAAAACCUCGGACAAAGUACGAAAGUAUUAGAAGAUUUAGAGGAAGCUCGAAGGAAUCGAGAAGAAUUUCGGAAGAAUUCGAAAUUCUCAUCGAAUGUUGUCGCGAUUAUUGGUAGGCAAGGAUUGGCUGAUUGGAUGAAACCGAUGAAUCGGUUCGAUCUUUUGUUGAAAGAAGCGGAUCAACUGGAUAGAGAAGCGAAGGAAUCUCGGAAUGCGACAUUGAUUGAGAUGACUGAUAUAUUUGAAAAAGCAACUAAAAUUCAUGGAAUUGUUGGCAGUAAAGAUCUGCUCAACAAAGUGUUUGAAGAACUCGAAAUUCAUUAUCCAGAGGAUGAGAAAGAUGCAAUGGAAUUCUUCCAAUUGGUCCGAAAUCUGGAUCUUGAUUUUUCGAAACAUCAGGCGCGUCUCAAAAAUGUUCGUGUUACUGUCACGUCAUUAAAACAAUAUUUUGAUGAAAUAUUUGGACAUAUCAAACCGAAAACAGUCACGAUAGAAAUCAAACCAGCCGUCUCUUGGAUUGUCAUUUUGAGCAUUUCAAUCGGAUUCUUCUUUUUCGUUAUCAUAGGGAUCUUCGCUGUAUAUGGAUUGACUGAAAGUGGUAGAACGAAAUACAAGAAUUGGUAUUUAUAUUAUUUCGGGAAACAUGCCGAUUUUGAGAAGCGUUGGAGAUACUCUAAUUUCAUGGAUACCACAGAUGGGAAAAAUGCCUUGUUAGAUGCUGUACGUGAGGGGAAUAGAGCUAAUUUGUUGAAAGUAUUGAAGAAUGGAGCAUACAUUGAUGCUUAUAAUAAAUUCGGAAAUACCUCACUCCACGUGGCAACCAAGUUUGCUCAUCCAGAUCUUGUGGAACUUCUGAUCAAAUAUGGAGCAGAUCGUUCUCUUCUGAAUUACAAGAAUCGAACACCUGUGCAGAUGAUUCCCCAUGACUACAAAACCGCGUACCCAGAGAGAAUUGAAAAAUAUGAACAAAUUAUGGGAAUUUAUGAGAAAUAUGAGAAGAAAUCAUUCAGAAUGGCUGUUCCUCGUGAGUUCCCAGAUAGUUCAUUCCAUAUUUGGAUGGACGAUGCGACGGAUGAGAAGCUUUGCAACAAAUUCAUGGAUAAAUUCAGGGCGAUUACAUCCGAUGAAGCCUUACCAACGACAACUCAUUGUGUUGUUAGAGUGGAUACAAACGGAAUUCUGGAAACUAGUCAUUUAGAUCUUUUUAUGUGGAUUUUCCAUGGUGUGAUUAUUGUGAAAGAGCAAUGGAUGACUGAUUGUUUGGAAAAUGAAAAAGUGAUUAUGGAGGAUGAAAAAUACUUGGUUGAGAAGGUCAAAUUCAACGGAGUCGUUUACAAUUCAAUUCUUCCAUGGACUGAAUACAUGGCCAAGGGAGAAAUGCCCUAUUUGAUUGGUGUUUUUGUGGCAGUCACCAUCCCAGACUAUAAAAAUUUGUUAACUCUAUCGACUAUUGUGACGAAUCAAGGCGGAGUGAUGAUGAGUACAUUCCCUCUGAAAGAGCAGUUCAACCGAAACUCUCAUCCGUAUCUUCAUGCUCACUUGGGACCACUGUUCUUGAUUCAUGAUGGGACAAUUGAUUUGAGUGUUUACAAGAAUGAUAAAGACAAAAUGUACACAUUGUUCACUGAAGAAGAAUUUAUCGUUUUCAUGCUGAAACGAAAUAUUAACAGAGAUAAUAGAGAGAACCCUAUUCCUGUGAUGAUUAAUGACGAAUAA